UCCAUUUUCACUAGUGAAAAUGUUAGUUAUGAUGUCACAUAUCCAUACAAUAGUAGUCACCACUUAACUCCAAAUAGCCAUUAGAAACAAUGAAAAAGGUUAUUGGAAUUUAUUGGAAGAACUUCUAAGGAUAAAUUGAGAAAAGCAAAGAAAAAAAAAAAGAAUUUUCUGAUAGUAAAGGCUUUGAUGAGAAGCUCUUUGAAACCUCUGCCAUUGCUUGAAUUGCAAUGAAAGUCAGGGUAUUCGAGUGUCACAGAGAAGACCACACCCCCCCAGCUAACGUUCACGUCAACCUUAAGAUUCGAAACUUUUGCAAAGGACUUCCCACCUCACCCAACACCGAAAGAACCCUCCCAACUAAAUGAGAGACACCACAUUCCUUUCUUCUCUCAUGUGUAAAAGAACAAUUCCAGGACUCUAUCUAAGAAUCUUAUCUCCAUUGUGGUAGCUGAAACAGUUGUCUGAGUUUCGAAUUGAGUUCCGGGAGAGAGCUAACCAUGGCAGCAAGAUCAGACUUUGCUCAGAAGCUUCUGAGCGAUCUUCGAAUGCGGAAAGAACGUAUGGGGAUGGCUGCAUCGCAAAACUCGAGCCGUUCAACUCCGGUAGUCGGAGAUGCAUAUGGAAACCAUGGUCGUACCUACAAAGGAUCUCGACAAAUAAAAUCACUAGAAUCUAUUGGUUCCAGGCCAGCGAGCUCAGGGAGAAGGUCUAGCGGAGGCAAUAGAUCACUCAACAAUGAAGCAUCUUCAAAACAGAUCGUUCCUUUCGGAGGAGGCCGAAACUCACAACAGGUUGGAGAUCUGUCCAUGGCCCUGGCUUUUGCCCUUGAACAUGGAGGAAAAUUCAGUAAAAUGGAUUCCUCAGGCAAUAGUUCAAUGUUAAAUUUCCUCCAUCAAAUUGGUAGGAGAUCACUGGAUUACGGGAAGAUGGAAAGAAACACUUUUGAUAAGCACCGACCUUCAAAUAGUCAGUUUCCUACCCUCUCCCAUCUCCAUAUCAAAGAAAUAUCAAGAGGGGCACAGAAAUUGAACCACAUUCUCAAAGCUUGCUCUAAUGGAAUGAACUUUGAUAGGUACUCAAUAGAAAUUGGAAGGGAACUGUUGAAAGGGGCCAUAGAUUUGGAAGAGUCUCUGAGAAUGCUUGUUAACCUGCAGGACGCUUCAGAGUACAUGAUCAACCCUCAGAGAAAAAACCGGAUUAGAUUGCUCGAGGAGGAUGGGGAAGAAGAAGAUGGGACUAUCAGAUUACUUGAACAGAAGCAAGUGGACCGGCCAAGAUUCUCUUUUGAUAAGCCCACAAGGAAUUCUAAUGGCAUCCAAGAGGUUGCAAAGACUGACCUCAGGCAGAAGCUGAUGGCCCUAGCAUAUCCAACAGAAGCUCCUAAUGUCCCCGGACAACUAGCUCUAACUACCUCAAAUUUGGGGUCUCAUAAGAGGGCAGCUAGCCCUGAUUUCAAAGCCCUGUCUGCAUUCUUGGAAUCAAAGAAUAAUUCAAGUUCAUCACAAUACAAACCAGAGAAGGGGAGAAUGCCAAAUGUAAUUGCAAAACUGAUGGGACUGGAAGACCUUCCGAAAAAUGGAGAUUCAAAGACGAGGAAAGAAUCAAACUCAAAGAAGCAAGACCAGAUGCUCCCAAAGAAGACUGCUCAUGCAAGUGCCAAGAAUGCUGAACCAAAUACGAGAGGUACUAAGAAUCCAGAAUUUCCAACUACUGAGAAAAGUGUGCAAGCCAAUGAGAUACCACUAACUCGGGAUACUACAUUUGUGCUGAAAGCUGAAAAGAUUAAGGUGACUCGAAAUGCCAACACCGAGGAGUUGAUUCCAGAUGGAAAAUCACACAGGAAAGACUUGGAAAAGGCUGAUAAACUAAACACAGUCCCGGGCUCAAGAAAGGCCACCUCCACAAUAAGUAAGCAACAAAACAACAUCAGCCAAUUACAUCAGACUACAGUGAGUAGAAAGGAAUUUCAGCAGGAGGGAGGACAUGAUAAUACAAAGCACAAGGAACAGAAAGGCACAGAAAGGGGUGAAACCAAGCAACCAGUCUCAAAGGAUGAGCUGCAGCGGAAAGCACCACAGAAACACAAAACUCCAGAAGCUUCAAAUAUAACACAAGAAAAACUUGAGAACAGGGAAAACACAGUUCAAGCAGAAAAGAAAAACGCAAUCAGGCUCAUCCCAAUCAGUCCACAAAAGCCCCAGGAUGAUCAAGGAUUGCAUCAGCUGCACACACUAAGAAAAUCCGUGGCUCAAGAAGAAAAGCAUCAAACAGAAAAGAGCGAUCAGCAGAGUGCAAAACAGAAGUUUCUGGUAAGGAAACCAAAAGGAAGUGAAGUGGAAUCCAAGAGUUCAUCAAGACGUGUGCAUGAUGCUACAAGUAUGCAAAAGCAACAGCCACAUAUGAACCAAGUGGCACCUACUAAGAGAAGUUCUACAGAAGCUGUUGAUGCAAGACCGGUGAAAGGGCUACCAAAUAGCAGACACCAAGAAGAUCGUGUCAGAUAUGGAAGUAAUAUUAACUUGAAGGUUGACACAAAAAGUCCAAUGAGCGGAAACUCAGCUCAAAAUGCAUCUCCAAGGGAACUUGGAUAUGAAACAGAGAAGGUAAAAGGUAGCAUUCUAGCAGCUACAGAAGGGAAUCAUGUCCCAGUCCCAACCACACAGAAGAAGGUAGAUUUUGUGAAAGUGAAUAGAAGUGAGGCCCCUAGAAAAAAGGAUGAAGUGAGGAAUAGAAGAAAUGGAGCUUCACAUAACUUUGCAAGACCGUUAAAGCAUCAGAUUUCAAGUUUUCAAGAAAUGAAACAAAAAAGGCGUGACAAAAUCGGCUUCAAAGGAGCAGAACAAAUGAGUGCCAACAGGUCCAUAGAAACACAAGUGCGCAUUAUUAGAUCCAACAAAUCAGAAGCAAGCAUUCAGUCACGGAAUGGGGCAGAACAAUUGCGUAUUGAAAUUGAACAGGCUCCUACUUUUUACAGUUCCGAGGGAGAUGAAUGCCGAAGCCCAAAAGUACCUCAUACUCUAAAUCCGAAUGACAGUUGUCGUAACAGAACCUCAGAACUUUCUACAGUUUCUAUUGAUUGCCAAGACCAACUACCUGCUUUCAGCAAAGAUCAAGAAAAGAAGUCUCACAAAACUGUACCAAGUCCAAUUAAUGAUGUUGCAGGAGUCAAUGAAGGAGGCAUAGGAAUCUAUGACUUUUCACAAAAUGAUCACAAGAAAGUUUCCAAAUCGGAGAAACAAGUGCUAUUGACAGAAUGGGAAACAGAUCUCAAGCAGAUACUGAUAAAAAGUCAACUAUUUCUUAACACAGCAGAGGCCCUUUUCAAACUCAACAUACCUAUUGGCAUUCUUCAGGGCAGUGACUAUUAUAGUCAAGAUGAAGAAAGCAGAAUCAUCCUAGACUGCUGCUAUGAAGUAAUGAAAAGAAAAGGAAGAAGACAAGAGCUCGCUAUUCAUCCUUUUGUGAAGAUAUCAAUCAGUUCUGUGAAGAUAUCUUCUUUGGAUCAUCUGGUAAAACAUUUGUACAAAGACUUGGAAAGGUCAAGAUUCUAUGGUAGCAACGGGAGUAACGAAUAUGACGCUGCUGACUACCUCCAUAAACUGCUUGAAAGAGACAUCCAAGACAGAGAUCCAGAUGUGAACAGUAUGUGGGACUUCAGUUGGAACGAGAUGAUGUUCACAUUUCAUGAAAAAAAUGACGUUAUAAGGGAUGUGGAAAGGCAUGUGCUCAAUGGACUUGUAGACGAGAUCGUGAAAGAUCUAUUAAAUGUGUGUGUUUCUAUUUGAUUGAAGACUAUGGCUUCAGUGUAAUUUUGGAACCUGUUUACUUACUAUUAUUACUAGCAUUUUGAAGUGAGUUUCACAAUUAUGGAUAUGGUUUGUAAAUGAUAAAUUAAAAGGUACUGUAUUUUUUGAGGUA